AUGAAUCGAAAUGAAAUGGCAAAUCAUCAGAAUGGUUACUGUAAAGAACUGCAAACUUUGUUAAAAAAACUUUUAAUAUUGAUAAUAUUCCUAAAAUUUCGUUUGGAUAUGAUUUUAAUGACAUCAUUAUCAAAUUUUUUUUUUCAGUUUCCGAAUUAUAAGUUAAAAAACUUAAUGUAUGGACAUAAAAUGGCGGUUUCGUCAGUGAAAUUCAGCACUGAUGGUAGAUUUUUGGGGAGCGCUAGUGCUGACAAGACAAUAAACAUAUGGAAUACAGAUAGUGGUUAUUUGGAGAGAACAAUAUCAGGUCAUGAACUCGGUUUAAAUGAUUUAUGUUGGUCAGCCGAUAGUCGUUUGAUUGCUUCAUCAUCUGAUGAUACAACUUUGAAAGUUUGGGAUUCCUCUAGUGGUAAAUGUACUGAUACAUUGGAAGGGCAUAAAAGUUACGUUUUUUGCUGUAAUUUUAAUCCACAGUCUACUCAUAUCGUCUCUGGUUCAUUUGAUAAAAAUGUUGGCGUAUGGGACGUGGCUACAGGAACACUUAUUAAAAUGCUUGUUGGUCAUCAUGAUCCUGUCACAGCCGUAUCGUAUAACAGGGAUGGAACAUUAAUUUGUACAAGCAGUUAUGAUGGGAAAGUUUGUAUAUGGGAGUCAUCCAAUGGUCAUUGUGUGAAAACAUUAGUUGACGAUGAUAACGUGGCUGUUUCUUUCGUUCGAUUUUCUCCAAAUGGUAAAUAUAUAUUGACUGCCACUUUCGACAGUACUUUGAAAUUAUGGGAUUAUAACAAAAGCAAAUGUCUUAAAACAUAUACUGGGCAUAAGAAUGUUGAAUCAUGUAUUUUCGCUAAUUUUUCGGUCACUGGUGGAAAGGUACGUAUUUUACUAAUUGGCUAUCAUCAAGUGUGGAUAGUUAGUGGCUCUGAAGAUGAUUCGAUAUAUAUUUGGAACCUACAAUCCAAAGAAGUUGUACAGACAUUAACAGGAAAUAAUGAUAAAGUAUUGUGCGUCGAUUGCCAUCCUACAAAAAAUAUAAUCGCUUCGGGCGGAUUUGAAAAGGAUCGUUUAGUUCGCUUAUGGAUAUCCGAUUAUUAA